UACACAUCUCAGCUCUAUCUGUACCUUUCAUUUCACACAUACAUUCAUACCUAUACUUAUAGGACACUAAGAAUUGAAGGUCAUCAGAAAAUGUCCAAGAAAUUGUUCCACUGGAGAAAUGAGUCAGGAGAGCUUGAUGUCUUUGAGGCUGCAAACUAUUUUGCUGGAGCCAAUGAUCAUCAUCAAGUUUCCAAUUGCCACAAGCUUCUUAGACAGGGCUGCAACAAUCAAGCCUGGAGAAGUGGAAGAAUGAGCCUUGACAUGCCUCCUGUGCCAGCCAUCAAACUUUCUUCCACCCCAUUUGGCACAUCAUCACUGCAUCCUUCACAAAUGGAAAAGCCUGCAGCCGCCAUGAAAGGCAAGUGUAAGCACCCAAUUCCAAGCUCUCCAGGAGGGAAACUAGCCAGCUUCUUGAACUCCCUCUUCAACCAAAAAAACACCUCUAAGAAGAAGAAGAAAUUAAACUCCAACACAAAUAAUGAAGAUUCUCAAACCCCAUCUGGGUGGAUUAGGAGGAGAAGAAGCAGCUUAAGUGAACUCUACGGAAAGAAAAACCCAUCAAACACUGUUUACAAUCAUAAUAACAAUUCUGCAUCUUCAAAUUCUGGGUUUAGAACACCCCCUCCAUAUCCCAAGAACUCAUGCAAGGAUAAACAAAACCCAGAAAACAUGUUUAAGUUCAUCAGCAGUGGGAUUAAUUCAGAGAGGAGGAGCGUUAUUCAUCACUGGGCAGAUGAAUAUCCAUCGGAAGAGACUGAAGAGAGAAAAAUUGAGGAGGAUUAUGAUCGAGGGACGGAUAGUGAUUCGAGCUCUGAUCUGUUUGAUUUGCCAAACAGGGAAUUAUUGGAUUACUAUUCAACUGGUUUGCCUGUUUAUCAGACUACCCAGAUGAAUAGUAUCAACAGUAAUAAUGCGCCCAUUUCUGCCACCGUGAUUUGAUUUGAUUUUGUUCGUUCCCAGAUUUUUUUUUUCUACUUAAUUAGAUAGCCACAAAUUUUAUGUACUAGUAUUGAUGUACAUAGGGUAAAACGUUUUUAUCUUCAAACAUAUUCUGAUCUCGUUAAUCAAGUUGCAUUGGUCAAUCUCUGAA